AUGCAAACUUAUUGUGAUCUGAAAUCAUCGAGGGGCAAAGGUAUAGUUGCUUUAGAACCGGAGGACUAUUCGAAAGAAAAAGACGAGUUAAAAUACUUUACAAACAAACAGAUUUAUCUCAUUACAGUAUCAUUUAAAUUUAAACAUAAUGGUUUCAAAAUGAGGCAAGAUUUUCGUUCUAUGUCACAUUCUCAGGUGAAGUUUACUGUUGAAUAUAUUCGUAUAAAUUUAAUUUAUAUUGAAGAUAACGAAGGACAAAAGUACCAGUUCGUUACAAAGAGAAGUUUCCAUAAUUUAUAG